AUGUCUUUUGGCACAAUCACAAGAACCGGGUUCUCCGUGCGCGACAUCCUGGAUCUCCCGGACCCGACGGGCAGGUCCAGCGGCGGCUCCGGGACCGAGGAGACGGAGGAGGACGACCCGGAGGUCUCGGGCUCGGAGAACCCGCAGAACCGGGGAUUUAACGCGCGGGGCCUGAGUGCGCUCGGCGGCGGAGGAACCGGGAUCCUGGGCCGGUGGAGCCGCGGGGCCGGGAGCCUGACCUUCUCACUACACGGUCUCUCCUUCAAGCCUCGACCUGAGCCCAAAUCCCCGCAGCGGUUCGCGGACCAGUCCCCGGACGGGGGGGGCCUCCGGGACUCGGGGGGGGCAGAGGCGCAGAAGAGCCGCGGCCGGAAGCGGCGCGUGCUGUUCUCCAAGGCGCAGACCUUCGAGCUGGAGCGUCGCUUCCGGCAGCAGCGCUACCUGUCCGCCCCGGAGCGGGAGCACCUGGCCGGGCUGAUCCGCCUCACCCCGAACCAGGUGAAGAUCUGGUUCCAGAACCACCGCUACAAGAUGAAGCGGGCCCGGGCCGAGCGCGGCCUGGAGGCGCUGCAGCUGCUGCCGGGCCGCCGGGUCGCCAUCCCGCUGCUGGUGCAGGACGGGAAGACGGUCCAGGACCUGGAGGGGCCUCUCCGGUCCGGCCUCAGCCUGCCGCUGUGCGCCUGCUCCCCGCUGCUGCACCCCUACGGGCCCGAGCCCCCCGGCCGGGUGCCGCAGCUGGCGCACAUGUACCACUGGAGCUGGUGA